GUCAUUGGUUUUCUGUAAAGUGCAGUGCAAUACACAAUAUAAAUCCAUCAUUCUAGCUAAAAAGAAAAAGAAAGAAAGAAAACAAAUGUUCAGAUGACUGCAAAUCUUCCCACUAAGGAAUAACUUUAAACUAGUGUCAACUCGCUGGAUUUUACUAAACUUUAUCGAACAAUAACAUAGGCUAUUCAAGAAGGUCGUUAAACCACAUUUGCUGAUGAAGUUAAGACGCUGUUUGUGUAGAUAAGGUUUGGUUUGGAGGAGUAUUAAAAUGAUGAGACCUGCCCAGCAGUACCAGCAACGUUCAGAAUGUCCAGGGAAGACUCAGUGAAGUGCCUGCGCUGCCUGCUCUACGCUCUCAAUUUACUCUUCUGGUUGAUGUCAGUCUGUGUUUUGGGUGUGUCUGCCUGGAUGAGGGAUUACCUGAACAAUGUGUUUAUUUUAACCGCUGACACCAGGCUGGAGGAAGCAGUGCUUCGGACCUAUUCCCCAGUGGUGCAUCCAGUGAUGAUUGCUGUGUGCUGUUUUCUAAUCAUAGUGGGGAUGCUUGGUUAUUGUGGAACAGUGAAGGGCAAUCCACUGCUACUUUCCUGGUACUUUGGAAGUUUAUUGGUGAUAUUUUGUGUGGAGUUGGCCAGUGGUGUGUGGACCUACGAAGAAAAAAUGAUCCCUGUUCAAAGCUCUGAUAUGAUCAGUUUGAAAUCUAGAAUGCCCAAUUAUGGGUUGUCAAGGUUCCAGUGGCUAACCCAUGCCUGGAACUUCUUUCAGAAAGAGUUCAAGUGCUGUGGUGUGAUGUACUUCACUGACUGGCUGGAAAUGACAGAGAUGGAGUGGCCCCCUGACUCAUGCUGUGUUCAAGAGUUCCCUGGAUGUGCCAGGCAGGCGCACUAUGAAGAUCUGAGCGACCUCUACCAAGAGGGUUGUGGUCCAAAAAUGUAUAGUUUCAUAAGAGGCACAAAACAGCUCCAAGUCCUGAGGUUCCUGGGUGUUUCUAUAGGAGUUUCUCAGAUCCUCGCCAUGAUUCUUACAGUUACUUUGCUGUGGGCCCUCUACUAUGACAGAAGAGCUCCGAGGCCUGAUCAGAUGAUGACCUUGAAUAAUGACACCUCCCAGCACCUGCCAUGUCAUUCAGGGGAAGUGCUGAAAUCCAGCUCAACCAGGACCUUUGAACAUAGGACUACAGCUAACAAUGUCAACACAGAGUUUGAGAUGGAACAGUUUUAACUGUCCAACAACUGAAAAUGAUAUUAUUGCUGCAAAAGUCUUAUAUAUCUUAUAUAUAUAUAUAUAUAUAUAUAUAUAUAUAUAUAUAUAUAUAUAUAUAUAUAUAUAUAUAUAUAUAUAGACAAAGGAAUAAGUAACUUUAAUUGAGUCUUAACCUGACUCCCACUUGUGGCAAGAUGGCUGGCAGGGGAUGUCAGACCCGAGAGGAGACACAGUACUGGGGUAUGGAAGCGCUGAUGCUCAAGUUUUAAUAAUAAAUAAAAUAUUUAAACAAAAACAAAACACUUAACAAGCAAAACAGCAUGGUAGCCAAAACAAAACAGGCUAAACAGACACGGAACAAGCAAGCAUCGUGCUGGUGUUGAACCAGCACGGGUAGCAAUUCUUAUUUGGAUUUUAGCUUUUCUUUUUAUCUCACGACUCACGUCUUGUUCCGCCUCUGAACACACUAACCAAGUUCAGC